AUGGCGAUUGUAAGUGUGGUAAUGGCUAUACUUUUAUUUCUCGUGUCUUCUUCAUUCAAAGGUUACGGUGACGUUAAUGCAGUCGGAGAUUAUGUACCAUCUGCUUUAUUUAUAGCAGUUGCAAUUCUAGCAGUUGUAGCUGUAAAAACUCGCAAACCGAUCAUGGCUUGGCCUUUUCUUAUUGCAAUAGUAUUUAUUAGAGUUUAUUUUCUUUAUUCUUUAAAUUAUUAA